GUCUACUCAUUAUUCUCUACUAUCACUACCUCCUUAACGAAAGUAAAAAGCUCAACUAAUCUGACCAUCGGAAACAGAAACGGCUGCUGCUGCAAGUCGAUGCGUGCCAUGGAACAACACAACGGGAUGAACACGGAAGAUCCAAAUGGGUUCCUUGGACCGGAUGGCAUGUCGGACUUGCAACUGGCUCGUGACCAAUGCUUCGAGAUCGGUAUUCUACUUCGCAAUCUGAACAUGGGUAAUGUAUGUGAAGAAGAUGAAGACGAAGACACACUGGAAAUGGACGCAGAUGAGGAAGUAGACCAGCACACAGUGAAGUGGAUGAAAGAACAUGCCGUGGUUAUCUCCUUCGUCCAUCAGGAUGAAGAUCCAAUCCCACUCAACCUCAAAAGACAACUGAUCAGAGUCUAUGAGGCUGCGUGGGUAAAGGACAACAACGGAGCCGCUGUAAUGCAGAGAGGUACUCUGCGAAACGAAGGAGCAAGCAUGAUCUCAUAUGUUCCACCAAAACAGGAAAUUGCAGAAUUCUUGAUUAAAAAAGGAUCAGCAAAGAUCCCACUGGUGGAUGAAGGACUUGUUGUUGUUGCAUCUCCCUCUGCUGAUGUUGCUGAUGCUGGUACUGUGCCAACUGUGCUUGCAGGAGGACUCAGAAUUGAUCUUCACAGCUCGUGUUUUGUUGUGUUUGUGGCUGCAGUUGGUGUGGCGCAUCUCCACAGUUUGGUGGCCUGUGUAACUCCACUUGCUGUUGCUGCUGUCCUAGUGGUUGCUGCUGUUGGUGUUGUUGAAGCAAUGUGCACGAAUGCAAGUGUUGGUGUUGCUGCGAUCUUUGUAUUUGCAUUUGUGCUUCAUGCUCUUGUCGUUGCAGGAGCUGAUGUUGCUGGUGUUGCAUCAGGCAUUGCUGCUGUUGCUGGUCACCUGGCAGAUACUGUUGCUAAAGAUGUUGUUCUUGUUGUUCCUGAUGCUGACCGUGCAUGUGGUGUUGUUGUUGUUGCGGUGUCAGCAUUUGCGUGUCUAACGGGUGCUGGUUAUGCUGCAGUAUCUGCAUGUCCUGGGCCAGUCGUUGCUGCGUUUGCCACUGUGCCUCUUGAGCAUGCUGUGCUUGCUGUGUCUGUUCCCCCACGUAUUGUACCGGUGGUGGUUGUGCCAUUCGGCCUUGCUCAUGCCGCUCCUUAGCCAUCAUCCAUGGCUGCUGUUGCGCCUGCUGUUGUGUUUCACAUUGUUGCAUUAGCGGUU